AUGUAUUUUAAUAACGAACAAGAUCUACUAUUUAAGGCCGCAUAUGAUUCUGAAGAUUUGGGUAAAGGUCUACAGAUUAAAGCACAAGAUGAAAUCAUAGGAAAAGACGGAAGUUUCAAUAAGCCGGGGUAUCGAAUGACGUCUAACAUUAUCGCACAUCCUCCUUCAGAGGAUGAACAAUUUGAAGAUGCUGUAAUGAGUCCUACAGUAUCGACGGUGUCUAAUAACGAAGUGGUCGAAAAAUUUAGUCAAUUAAAUUCUGACUUUAGUAAUAGAAUUAACGAGAUUAAAGUAAAUACAAUUAAAGGUGUUAUAUUUGGAAAUUCUCCUCCAGUCUUUUAUUUACAACUUAAAAGAUUAUUCGCUAAUAGUGGUGAAGCACAUGAAGGUCAUUACUUUGUUUCAAUAAACCUUGAAAAGGAUAGAAAAUGGCCAAAAUUGAAAUAUCACAGACCAGAACCUGGAUUUGAUUUAGUUUUAGGUAAAAAGUGGACUUACGAACAGGUUGCAGGAGCAGUCGCUACCCGUUUGAACGACCCUCUCAAAUUGCGGUUUACUAUAGAACAUUUGGCAUCUGGUACACCAAAGAAUGUCAUUAAACGAACCAUCAAUCAGACCCUUUCAGAGAUGAUUAGUAUUGCAUAUGGGACGCCAAUAGUUUAUGUUUUAUUCUAUGAGAUGCUGGAAACAAGUAUUGUACUAGAAGCAAAAAAGUUCUUUAAAGUUUACUGGCUUGCAAAUACAGUUAAGAAAAGGAAAAUUAUUGAUAUUCGUCUUCAAAAGAAUACGAUUAUUAGUAAACACAUAGAAGAAAUUUCAAAUAAGGUGACAUUAUCAUCACCAAAUUCCAGAAUCAUGUUAUUUGAAGUUUAUCACAACAAAAUCCAAAAGGAAUAUACAGAAAGUGAACCAAUAAUGAUGAUACUAAAAAUACGCGAAAUUAUAUGCAGAGGUUGA